GCGACCGAGACUGCGCAGUACCAAAGAAGACGAAGACGGACGAUGACGUGACACUGAAGGACACCGCGUGCUGUUUUUCCCUCCUCAGUUAGAACACAUCCAUGAUGUCGGUGAGGAGGCUUGUACGACGGAAAAACACACGGUAACGUUCGGAUUACACGUUCACCGUCGUAACACUCGGUGUGUUCGCGCAGCAGAAGAAUGCUGUCUUGAACCAUUGUACAGAUGUAGAAAAAGUGGGAUCCUCCAGUCCUUUAGAUGCCUGGGACCUGUUCAUGUCUUCUAAGAAAAAGCGGAAAGGCAUGGUGUUCCAUCACGAAGGGGCAACCACCCCUGCAGCAACACCUGCAGCCGAACAUCCACCUGCAUGCUUUGUUGUUCCUAAACCAGGGAAGGCAAGUGAAGGCGGGAUGGAACAAAGCACCUGUGUAACCAAUGAAGAAGUAGACAUGGUGGGUAAACCCAAUAUGUGCCCAUCAAAGGAAGCCAUCAGGACUUCUGGUGGACUUCCUGCUUUGAAACAUCCAACAAGUUCAAACCCUCAUUCAGACAACCUAUCACCUGAUAGCAGCUGCAAAGGCAUCAGAGUGACACUGGACAACAACAGCAUGUGGAACGAGUUCUUCAGAUGCAAAACGGAGAUGAUUCUGACUAAACAAGGCAGCAGGAUGUUCCCCUACUGCCGCUUUCGCAUCUCUGGCUUGCAGCCAUCUAGGAAGUACUCUUUGAUUAUGGACAUUCAACCUUUAGACAACAGUCAUUACAAGUGGACCGGCAAGAACUGGCAAGUCGCUGGGAAAGCAGAGUGUCAUGUUAAGAGACAACCAUUCGCUCAUCCAGAGUCCCCAUCAACUGGUCAACACUGGAUGCAGAAUCCAGUGUCCUUUUAUAAGCUGAAGCUCACAAACAACAUCUCAGACCAAGAGGGGAACACCAUCCUGCAUCCAAUGCACCGCUACCUGCCACGACUGCAUGUAGUCCAAACUGACAAAGCUGCUAAAGACAUAAAGCUAAAUGGUCCUAGUGUCGUCACAUUCACUUUCCCCCAGACUGAGUUUAUCGCAGUAACUGCUUACCAGAACUCACAGUUUGCUCAGCUCAAGGUCGACUACAACCCAUUUGCUAAAGGACUGAAGGAGGAUGUUUCCACUUCAUGGGGCAUGAAGUUGAAACUUAACUCUGGUAAAGACUCACACAAAGAUGGAGGCACAAUGACCAACGAGCAACAUCCUGUGAAGAAGAGCUUGAAGUCUUUGCUCGCAAAUCAUAAACCUAGAAGCUCAAAAGCAGCAGACUCAAAACCUUCAGUGUCAAGUGACCUCCAGAAAAAUUCCACUACAAACAAAGAUCAGUCGCCUGCCAAGGUUCCAGAUGAAAGUUUGUGCAGCAGUUCACGUCCAGCUCAGAAGUUAUUUUCUGAACUUAUUCGGGAGGCUCACGUUUCACUACACCGCUGUAACCUGGAGGAGCUGGGCAUCGAUAACAGCACCACUCAUAGAACUGAGCUAACAAACACUAAAACCACAGCUUUGAAAAACAGCAGAGACGUUUGCAAGAAAGACAAUGUAUCUGGAAAAACACAUAAUGGAGACGGAUUAUCACCCACGCCUUCAAUUGCAGACCUCGUGCACUUUUUCUCCACCGAUGAUGACCUCGCGAUGGGGGUGGAGUUUUCAAACACUGAGGCAGUGGCUGUUACCUGCUCACCUCCUACUACAGUAGAGGCAAAUGCACAGGAGCCUUCUCAGCAAGUGCAGCCAGUCCCAGCUAACAAACCCUGCAAGCGCAAGAAGAAGUCCCGGCGGCGAAAGCUUGCCCAGAUGAAUAAGGAUCUGAAAGUUGAUGAGUCCACCUAUACAAGCAUGCAGCCUAACCUGGAGGAAGUGGAGGAGCAGUUAUUUAUCUCAUUCACGUCAAAGGAGGCCCUCAAACUUCACAUUGCAGACUCCUCUGAAGAAACGAACACACAACCUCAGACGACACCUGAAGGUCAUGUGACGCAACCUCAGACGACGACAACACCUGAAGGUCAUGUGACACGACCUCAGACGCCAUCUGAAGGUCACCUGACACAAACCCAGACACCACCUGAAGGGCAUCUGAUGACUCAGACACCACCUGAAGGUCACCUGAUACAACCUCAGACGACACCUGAGAACGAGAGUCAGGAGCAGAGGAUCUCAGUCUGUGAAAAGACUCUCCUCAGAGACCUGAAGCUGAUGAAACACAAACAGGUCAUUCACCCUGUGCUGCAGGAAGUGGGUCUGAAGAUGAACCUGCUGGAUUCCACUCUGGCCAUUGACCUGCAGUACCUGGGAGUCCGUCUGCCCAUCCCCCCUCCCGGAGUCUCUCUGGAGCCGCUGACCCAGGAGCUGCCGCCGUCUCAGGGUGCUUCUGCAGCGUUUGUGUCCAGAACUGGAAAAACCACAGAUGUGACUCAGAUUAAAGGCUGGAGAGAGAAAUUCAGUCCAUCAGAGGCUCCGCCCACUCCCUCCUCAGCCAGACCUGAAGCUGGUCCCAGUUCAGAUCUGCCGAAGAAGAACCUGUCGGCUUUCUGCAGCGACAUGUUGGACGAGUACCUGGAGAACGAGGGGAAGCUGAUCGACGAGCGAGCCGCCAGCUUCUCUCAGCCUCUGGUGGAGCCGGUGGUCUACGAGCUCCCCACCAGGAGCACCAGCUACGUCCGGACCCUGGACAGCGUCCUGAAGAAACAUGGCGUCAGCUCCCCCACCUCAGACCUCAUAUCUGGAUUCGUCCCCCCCUCCAAGAGACCCAAACUGUCCCUCAAAGAGAUGAAGGCCUCCAGGAAGGGAGAGAGGAAACAGAGAGGUCCUAAACAGACCAGACUCAGACCAGAACCUGCAGCUGGUCCAGUUUCAACACCUGAGCCCGGUCCAGCUGAACCAAACCUAGUCCCUAAACUGCCUGCAGUCCCGACCCCAGCUGUGUCCCCCCCAUCAAAGCUCAUCACUGAACCUCAUAAGUCCAGGAGAAACCAGCUCAAGGUUCAAUUGGAUCACACAGAACCCUUAACUCUCUCCCCUCAGACCCCCACCUUCAAGAGGAGGAGGAAACUCAAACCCAAGACCUCAUCCCAGACUCUCAGCCCCCCCAGGUCCACGCAGCCCCCGCAGGACAUCUCGGAGGACCUGGCUCCUCUGGAGUCGGACUCUGAGCUGGGGACCGGAGCUGAUCCGGGUGAUGAAGCCCACAAGGACAGCGGACCUGUGAUGACCCGAGCUCUGCUGAGACAGAAAGACCUGGAGGACGGGGUGGUGUGGGAGGGCCGACCCAGGACCAGCAUCACCGAGGAGAGGGCCGCCAUCGCUCUGACAUCACUCUUCACACUGAUGGGUUUUGUCAGCGAGAACCCCACUGCUCCCCUCCAGCUGAUCCGGAGACGAGCCCCCCCCUGUCUGAACGAGUUCUGCAGGCUGGGCUGCGUCUGCUCCAGUCUGUCCCACGUCUCCAGGAUCAGUCACUGCGGCCGCCCCCCCUGCAUGUUCGGCUGCAGCUGCCUCAAACAGAAGGUGGUCCUCCUCAAGAACCUGGACGGGUCCGACUCCAGCCCCUCCCAGCACGGAACCACCAGGAAGAGGAGGAGGAGGAGGAGGAUGAAGAUGGCCUACGUUCUGAAGGAGGCGGACAGCGUUUCCCAGCCUGCCGAGCGGGUCCGGAUUCUGUGGAAGAGGGACGGCAGAGACUCAGAUCCAGAUCCGAUCCACGUCCCUGAAGCAGCCACCCCGCCCCCCGCCACUGAGGCGACUAAAGAUGUGAAGUCUAAAUCUGUCCGGCUGAAAUCUCUGAGACAGAAAGACCCAACACUGAAGACAAAGACCAGACCCUCCAGUCCCCCUCCAGGUGAACCAGCUCAACCGACUCCCUCCAGUCCUCCCAUUCCUCCCAGUGCUACCAGUCCUCCCGCGGAGCCGACCCCCAAGCCAUCGAAGCGUCUCAUCAUCCUGGCGGAGUGUAAGUGGGUGAGCGACGCAGACAGAAACUACGUGCUGAAGAAGCUGUGCGAGGCGAUGGCUCAGGACCGGCUGGACGGUCCCUUCUGGAUCAGAAAGUACCUCAUCAGUCCCAUCAGCCAGACGGUGGAGCAGAGCGGCGCCGACCACUGCAUCCAGUACAAAAUCCACAUCUCCAGACCCAGAGUGGAGCGGGAGAGUCCAGCUGCACCGCCGAGAGCAGGACCAGGAACCCAGAGCAAGAAGAAACCACAACAACCACAGAACCUGAAACAGGUGACAUGUGAGGCGGAGCCUCUGCAGGAACAUCAGCAGGAGGUGAUGGAGGAGGCGGAGCCUCUGGAGGACUGGCAGCGGCAGGUGGAGGAAGGGAUGAAGAAGAAGAAGAUGGUCAGCAUGGCGCUGCCCUUCCUAACAGGGAUCUCCCCCGCCGGAUUUCUCUCAGCCAAUAGGAAACAGCCGGGAGGGACUGACCACCUGGUCCAGGUCAACGGGAAGCUCUAUCCUCUGGCUAAGAUCCAGCUGGGGAAGAUGGGGGCGCUCCAUCCGGCAAACCGUCUGGCGGCUUAUCUGACCGGCCGGGUGGGGUCCAACAGGAAGCCACAAGGUCCUUCUUCAUCCUCCUCAUCCUCUUCUCAACCUCCCCACACCCAGAGUUCAGGACCGACCCCUCAGACCGCCCUCUCGACCUCUAACCUCACUGCCAGCGCCACCGCUAAACCCCCCCGACCAGUCACCCUAGUCACCCUGCCGACCCCCGCCACAGACUCUCAGGUGAGCAGGUCUGUGGUUCAACCUGUGAACCCGCCUCUGGGCUUGGCGGCUCCUGAAGGCUCUCGGCUGCUGAUCCAGGUCCCGGCCCCCCCCCCCUCCUCCGGUCAGAGGAUGGUUCUGCAGCUGGUCCAGACGGCGUCAGGUGUCCAGUAUUACCGCAGACCAGACGGUAAACUGAUUCAGCUGAUUCCCAUCAGCCAGAUGAGACCAAUCAACCCAAAACCACCUGUGACAGGUCCAUCAGGAACCAUAAGCUCCCCCUCCCCCCUGUCCGGCCUCAAGUCCUUCUCUGUGCCCCCCCUCCCCGCCCCCCUCUGCCCCGGCUCUGGCUUCCUGUCUCAGAAGGGGACGUGCACCUUUAAAAUCAUCCCCUCCGGCUCCAACAAGGAGCCGAUCAUCGUCACCUGCCCUAAACUUCCCUCCCAGCCCCCCUCCAAAGUUGUGAAGGCAGCUGGCUCCUUCACCCUCCUCCAGCCUGGACUCCACCCCCCCGCCACCCCAGUGGACCUCAUCUCCCUCAAACCCUCCGCAGGUCAGGGGGCGGAGCUCGGGGUCAAAACGGUGGCAGUGUCUGCGGCUCCUGUGGGUCCUGGUGGGAUGUUGGUCCCUCAGAAACCUGCUUCACCUCAGACUGCCCCCCCUUCCCAGAGCCCCACAGAGACCCACAGAACCCCGCCCCCCCCGCCUCCUUCUCCAGGGUCAGAGGUCAAACCUGUACCCCCAUCGCACCCCCCUGCUGAGCCUGAGCCGGCCUGCGACCUGGUGGACCUGGACAUCAUAUGUGUGGACGACUAUGAUGACGCGGGCCUCGUUACCACGGAAACGAGGUCGACAGAGGUGGUGGACCUGGUCGGGACGUCGAGCGGAGAGACAGAAAACUCGUCCGACUUCGAAGACGAGUUGUCCAGCGAAGAGGAGAAGACAGGAGGAGGAGAGAGGAAAAAGCACCGACACAUUCACAACGUGUUGGAGAGGAGGCGUCGGGGGAGGAUGCUGCAUUUGUUUCAGGGUCUGAGGAGGGAGGUGGGACUGAACUACAACAAGACCUCCAAGAUCUCCACCCUGAACAAGGCGGUGCAGCUGAUCCAGGAGCUGAGGACCACUGAGUCUGAUCUGCAGAAGAAGAAGAGGAGGCUGAUGAAGAGGAGGGAGGAGUACCUCUCCACCCUGGUUCCACCUACAGAUAAGAGCAGAGAGUCCGGGACCGGGACUCUGACCAGACCCGGUCUGGUGGUGGUGGAUCUGUCGGACCAGACGGACGAGCUGACGGAAAACUCGUCUGACGAGGACAGAGCGGACAGGACAGACACUGUGGAGGAGGGGAAGGCUCGGAACGUUGCCAUGGAGACGGUGGAGAACAGUCAGCUGGAUGUGGCUGAGUGGAUGAUGAAAAACUCAGAAGCUCAGAACGUCACAGCCGCCUUCAGAGCUCUCCGUUCAGCCAUGAACAGCAACAGCUCUUCGAAGAGCUUCCUGUUACAACAGGCUCGUCAUCAGAUCCAGACUCUGCAGACUGAGAUGCAAAGACUGAGGUCUGUGAAGAUCCUUCUGAACCAGCAGAGAAACUCCUACAUCAGACGCAUCUCCCAAAGAUCAGGUAAAAGUGAGCAGACAGUCCUGAGGAAGCUGCAGUACCUGUCGUCCAAACAGAAGAUGAUGGAGGAGCAGGAGAGACACCGAGCAGCUAACGCAGGGGGCGGGGCCUCUGAUCCUCCAACAGGAGACGCUUCUGAUGACGACAUCAUAAUCAUGUCUACCUACUCGCAGCAGCAGACUCCACAAGCUCCUCCCACUCUUGUUUCCGCCCCACCCACCAUCACACCUGUCCAGAUGUCUCAGAGGACCCUGCAGGUGUCCAAGCCCAUCCUGGCUUCUCCUGCUGUAUCCCAGAAUGCACCUGUUGUGAGGGACCGGCCGAGGACGAUCCCUAACAUCCUGUCCCGCAGUAAAAAUCCAGCUCCAUCGUCUCUGCUCAAAAAGACUGUGGAGGGCGAAGCAACGUCCGUUCAGUCUCUCGUACCGACUCUGUCUCUGGUUGCCCGCUGA